AGAGGACCUGGAUAACCCAAUCCAAGACCUGGAUGCGGUGCUGUGCUUUCUUUCGUCUGUGAAUUCUCUGUAUAAUGUCAUCCGCAUGAGUACUAUCUGAAUCUCCCAUCUUUAACCCCCUUUCUCUCUGUAGGGUUUCAUCCCCUUUAUAUAUAUACUCCCUCCACUUCUCCCUAUCAUGGCUAGCUACGACACCUGCGACAGUGUCACUCCAGACUGCCCCAUCGAAGCAACCACAUACGGCUACUACCCGAAUCUCGGAGGCAACAUCUUUUUCGCCGUAUUCUUCGGCGUACUGGGUCUCGUCCAAGUCACACUCGGCGCCUACUUCCGAUCAUGGACGAUUAUGAUCGCGCUGGGGAUCGGGGCCUUCAUGGAACUCGCAGGGUACCUCGGGAGAAUCCUCAUGCAUUAUAACCCGUGGAGCGCGAAUGCGUUCAAGCUUCAGAUCGUCUGUCUGGUUCUUGCGCCGACCUUCAUCGCCGCGGGCAUUUACUUGACCUUGAAGCAUAUCAUCCUCGCCGUAGGACCGCAGCACUCGCGAUUGAAUCCCCGCUUGUUUACCUGGAUUUUUAUCAGUUGCGAUGUCGGUUCGUUGCUGCUUCAGGCGGCUGGCGGUGGCGUUGCCGCCGCGGCGGGACACACGAACUUGAAGAUGCUCAAGGCCGGAGACGAUAUCAUCAUUGCCGGUAUUGCCUUCCAAGUCGGGACUAUGUCCGUUUGCGGAUUGUUAGCCCUGGAGUUUUUCAUCCGGCUCAAGAGGCAUGGGGAGGACCUGUUCACGAAUGAGAAGUCUGCCGGCCAGCGCAGUAUCCGUCUGAUGCUGGCUGCGGAGAUUUUGGCAUAUUUUACCGUUUUGAUCCGGUGCAUUUAUCGUAUUCCUGAGAUGGCCGGCGGUUGGGGCAACCCUUUGAUGCAGAGGGAGAAUGAGUUCUUGAUCCUGGAUGGAAUGAUGAUCGCCAUUGGAUUGCUUUCCCUGACUGUUUUCCAUCCCAGCCUUUUCCUUCGCACUCUUCGGAGAGGCUCGAAACUGCGGGCCCUAUAAUUGUCGCCCCCUAUCUACUUAUUAUUUUCUCAUACAUCCUACUACAAUAGAUUGUCUUGUUGAUCAGCAUCGUUAGCCUCUGGAAAUACAUAUGAUCCCCCCCAAAUGCACAUCCGAUUUCCUAUUGGAGUAAAUAACCUGUGCUAAUGACGUAUGGACAAGCUGAAAAUGCAAAUCGACAACCAAUAUCAAAAUCGAACCCCGAGAACCGAAAACUAAUCAACUCCGAGAUACAAAAUGGUGGA